UUAACAUUUGUGUUGUUCGUGGGGAAUUAUGAGCCACUUCUAGUACCAUCGUGAAAAGGUCACAGGCAUGGGAAGAGCACCGUGUUGUGAGAAGCUAGGGCUAAAGAAAGGAAGAUGGACAGCUGAAGAAGAUGAAGUGUUGACCAAGUACAUUCAAACUCAUGGUGAAGGCUCUUGGAGAUCUUUACCCAAAAAUGCAGGAUUGCUUAGGUGUGGGAAGAGUUGCAGAUUGAGAUGGAUAAAUUAUCUGAGGGCUGACUUGAAGAGGGGCAAUAUCACUUCAGAGGAAGAGGAAACCAUUGUCAAGUUACAUAAUGCUCUUGGUAAUAGGUGGUCAGUGAUAGCCGAACAUCUACCUGGGCGAACGGACAAUGAGAUUAAGAACUACUGGAACUCUCAUUUGAGUCGAAAACUUUACAGUCUCAGCAAGCGAUUGGGAAAUGAUUCAUCCUCAUCUCAAACCAUCAUCAUCCAUGAUAUGGAAAAAGUACUAGCUUCAUUUAACAAGAGGAGAGGUGGUCGAGGUCGAACAAGUAGAUCAUCCUUGAAAAAGAACAAGAAUAAUAAUACAAACCAAACAACAGCCGAUCAUGAUGGUGAUGAUAAGGUAGUACUACUUGUACCAAGUAAUACUACUACUAGUAGUAGCAGUACUAUUGCUACUACUACUACUACUACUGUAGAAGAAGUCAAAGACAGCAAAUCAUUUGAUCAAGCAGAAGAAGAGAAUAGGGAAAAGCAUGUCGUUUUACCUACAACUGAGGAGUUAUUGGGACCAAACGAGGGGCUUGAUAGAGAAGUAAAUCGCUUUAGUCAUGGUGUUGAAGAUGGGGUCUUGGACAGGCCACCAAGUGGGAAGAAGAACUUAAACAAUGUGGCCGUUCAACUAGAGGAGAAGGAGAGCGAUGAGAAAACGACAUGCGUUUUGAAUAGUACUGAAGCAAGGGAGAGUAGUAGUACUGUGGAGCAUAGGGAGGAGUGGCACACUUGCAUCUCCUCAGCAAUGCAUAGUGAUAAUAUUAAUAACUUAUCAGGGUUUGAUGAUGAGGGAAUAUGGCUCGAUUGGAAGUGGGAAGAAUAUGUUGAAAGCCAUAAUAAUAGUAACAAUAAUCUUAGUUAUUAUUAUUAUGAUUGUAAUAAUGAUAGUAAUGGGAUAUGGGAUGAGUACUCGUCGGAUCAAGAGGGAGAGAGAAUGUUUUCUUUAUGGGAAAGUGGCAAUGGAUUGAAUGACACCACAUGCAAGUAAACUGUUGUAGUUGUUGUUCUUGUAUUAUAGUUUUACGUACGUAUAGUGUGAUUGGAUGAGUUGAAAAUGUUACUUUAUUUAUUGCUCACUCUAAUUUAGAGGUAGUUAAGUAGUGUUGAAAAGGAAAAACAAAGAAAACCAUUACUAGUUUCAGUAUUGAUUUUCAUUUGCUUUCAUUAUUAUUUAUUACUAAUGACAUGCCUCAAUCAUGAUAUGAUAUUUCCAAGUUCAAA